UCUGGCUGUAAACUAGUAAUAAAUGUGGACACCGAUGAGGUUAAGACAAUCAAAGACUUGAAGUGCUUUCUUAGUGGCAUCUAUUGCGAGGACACCGACAAAAUGAUUUUCAUUCACAAUGAGCAAGCAUCCAAUGAUCGUAUCGUUUGCGAGAACCAGGAGUUGAGACAAAAGUUAAAUCAAAUGGACAUAAGUGGUUCAGAAGAAGGCAGUAGUGAUGGGAAGGGAUCACAGAAUCCGAUGAAGAGAAUGACAGAUAUUUUGACACAAAUCCUAAAUGAGAGCCAAAAGACUAAUAGUUUAAUGAGUGGUGAGAAGGAAAAGGCGUUCAAAACACUGGAAGGCAUCCGACAACUGGUCGGCAACACAGACACUGAAUCGACGGCCAGUACCACACCGUAG